CACGUUGUAUCUCCCUGAGACCGGAAAAAGGAAAGAUGUUUUGCCCAACGGAAGGAGGGAGACUGGGAGAGGGAGGGAAGGAAGGAGACAACGCACGCACGCACCUAAGUCCUAAAAAAAAAGUCGACCAGACCAGAGAGUAGUCGUAUUCGUCGUUGGCGUUGUUAGUCCACUUUUAUUCCGAGCCUGAAGUUUGGGUUCCGGUGCGGGUGGGUGGUUCUCUUAUAUUCAUGCAGGAUUCGGAAUGGAGUAUAUCUUUACUAGUGCUUGCUUACUGCGGGAGUGAGUAAGAGAGACAGAGAGAGGCACCUAACCGCCGUCCUGUCCAUAUUGUUUGUUUUUGUUGUUAAUUACUCCAGUAGUAAUAGACUGAAAGAAUGGCGGCCUCCUCAACCUGUACCAGGAACCCUAUACUUCUGAGACCCAACCUCCUCAUUCCUCCUCAUAACACCAACAACAUACUAAAAAUGAAGAAUAAUACUCCUCCUAUGAUCAGUCAUCCGCUGAAGAUGAUCCCCCGAUGCUCAUCCGUAGCCGGAGGGGAUGUCUUCUCAGUUACUUCCUCCUCUAAACACGACGUUGAUUAUCUCGGUCAGAGCACUAAAGGCGACUUGUGUCUCAAAUGUCCCUCUUUUUCAACCUUAGGAAUUGAUGGUCAAGCAAGCUUAGACGGUCCAAUUGAGGAGGUGGCCAGGAUGGAAGCUCAAGAAGCAGAGGACUUGCUCAACGACUUGGGGAUAUCGAGUCCAUUUUCUUCUAGGAAUUCUCCUCGUGGCAUAUUUUGUAGCCGGACAUUGAAUUUCCGGUCAAUUAGUGCGAUUGGAUACGACAUGGACUACACCUUGAUGCAUUACAAUGUGAUGGCGUGGGAAGGACGUGCUUAUGACUAUUGCAUGGAUAAUCUGAAAAGCAUGGGUUUUCCUGUUGGUGGACUUGCUUUUGACCCAGACUUGGUAAUCAGAGGCCUUGUUAUAGAUAAAGAGAAAGGCAACUUGGUUAAGGCAGAUCGAUUUGGAUAUGUGAAGAGGGCUAUGCAUGGCACAAGAAUGCUAUCUAAUCGAGCUGUGAGUGAGAUGUAUGGGAGGGAACUGGUGGAUCUGCGGAAGGAGAAUCGGUGGGAGUUUCUUAAUACACUGUUCUCCGUUUCAGAAGCAGUGGCUUAUAUGCAGAUGGUUGACAGAUUGGAUGAAGGAGCUAUCAAUCCAGAUCUUGGUCCGCUUGAUUAUAAAGGGCUUUACAAGGCGGUUGGAAAAGCCCUCUUCAGAGCACAUGUAGAAGGUCAGCUUAAGAAUGAGAUAAUGUCCAAGCCUGAACUGUUUGUAGAGCCUGAUCCAGAGUUACCAUUAGCACUUUUGGAUCAGAAGGAGGCUGGUAAAAGACUCUUGCUCAUUACCAACUCAGAUUACCACUACACAGACAAAAUGAUGCAACAUUCGUUUAAUAGGUUUCUUCCCAAUGAGAUGGGCUGGCGAGAUCUAUUUGAUAUGGUUAUAGUCUCAGCAAGGAAGCCAGAAUUCUUCCAAAUGUCACACCCGAUGUAUGAAGUGGUGACAGGUGAAGGUCUAAUGCGUCCAUGUUUCAAGGCUCAUCCAGGUGGCUUGUACUCUGGGGGCAGCGCUCAGAUGGUUGAGAAUUCCCUGAACCUUCAUGGUGAUGAGAUACUGUACGUUGGUGACCAUAUAUACACAGAUGUAAGUCAAUCCAAAGUUCAUCUACGAUGGCGGACAGCAUUGAUUUGUCGAGAAUUGGAAGAAGAGUAUAGCGCUUUGAUUCGUGGUCGAGGUCAUCGAGCUACACUGGUGGAGCUUAUAAAUCAGAAGGAAGUUGUUGGUGACCUCUUUAACCAACUUCGUCUGGCUCUGCAGAGGAGAACCAAAGGCCGUCCGGCACAGACCCUUGCUGCAACCAACAUGGAUGAUCAAGAACUCACGGAAAGCAUUCAGAGGCUACUUAUUGUAAUGCAAAGACUGGACCAGAAAAUUGCUCCGCUGUUGGAAACUGAUGGAGAGCACUUCAACAGAAGGUGGGGUUUUCUUUCCCGUGCAGGUCUAUGGGAUAAAAGCCACUUAAUGAGACAAAUUGAGAAGUAUGCUGAUAUUUAUACCUCAAGGGUCUCAAAUUUUCUUCAUUAUACACCCUUCAUCUACUUCCGCUCACAGGAGCAGACACUUGCUCAUGAUUCAUACUCAUAUCAUCAUUCAAAGCGUAAUAAUUCAGCUUAGUGCUAACGAUGGUGAAUUCACUGUGUAACCUAAGCAUGGGUGGAUUUUGUUAAUCUUGAGGUUGUCAAUGUUGUUCUCUUUCAAUUUUGUAAAAGUUAUCACCUGUCUUUAAUGGGCAUGUUCUGGGAAAUUAAACCCAAUACCCUUGGUGUGGUCUUUUAUCUGCAUAUGUUUUGAAGUAAUCUAUGGUUCCUCUUCCAUCUAGUUCUGGAACUAGCUCAUGUUUUACAUCUGGUUGCUUGUUUGGUUACGUCAUCAAACAAGAAAAUGACGCAUUAAUGUCGAGUGAAUGUAUGAUGAUUUGUUGUU